AUGUCUCUUGAACAACCUAUUGUGGAGCAGACGGAGGUUCAUGAAUUAAUUCAGCAGUCCCUACCUACACCGAAGCCGGAAGAGACUAGCAGUCCGUCAUUAUCCAAUGGAUUGAAGCACGAGCACGAUGGAGAGUUGGACGGAGAGCAACCUGCUUCGAAGAAGUUGAAGGAAGGUGAGUCUGCAUCAGCCGCUGAAGCGGACGGUUCUGCAUCUUCUAUUCCACCUGCUGGAGGUUCCACAGAUUUGCCGCAAGCUCCAGCCGCAGUUCCUUUGGUGCCUGCACCCAAGCCUCCUCAAGAACCGGACAUGAACAAUCUACCGGAAAACCCUAUACCAAAACACCAGGUAAAACAUGCUUUGAAUGCCAUCAAGGCUGUCAAGAGAUUGAAGGAUGCAGGCCCAUUUCUUCAGCCUGUUGACACUGUGAAGCUCAACAUCCCACUGUACUAUAACUAUAUCCCAAGACCAAUGGAUCUAUCCACUAUUGAAAGAAAGCUUAACGCUGAUGCCUAUGAAGCCACAGAGCAUGUGGCGGAAGACUUCAACCUGAUGGUGUCAAACUGUGCGAAGUUCAAUGGUGAACAAUCGGCCAUUGCUCAGAUGGCCAGAAACAUACAGGCGAGUUUUGAAAAGCACAUGCUCAACAUGCCUCCCAAAGAGCUCCCUGCUAAUGGAUUGGCAGGCCUGAAAGGUCGUCGCAAAGUGGCCGCUGUCACAGACGUGCCUCAGAUCAGAAGGGAUAGCAACUUCGAUGGCCGUCCAAAGCGUGAGAUUCACCCACCAAAGCCCAAAGAUAUGCCAUACGACACACGGCCAAGGAAGAAGAAGUUUAUCACCGAACUGAGGUACUGCCAACAGGUGUUGAAGGAAUUAACAUCCAAGAAACACGAAUCUUUCUCAUACCCAUUCUUGGUUCCUGUUGACCCUGUUGCUCUGGACUGUCCUACUUACUUCAAGAUCGUUGAGGAGCCAAUGGACCUGGGUACUGUCCAGACCAAGCUUUCUAACAACGAAUACGAAAAUGGUGACGAUUUCGAGAGAGAUGUGAGACUUGUUUUCAGUAACUGUUACGCAUUCAAUCCAGAAGGAUCACCUGUCAACAUGAUGGGCCAUAGGCUCGAGGCAGUAUUUGAUAAGAAGUGGGCCGAAAAGCCAGCUCCUGCCCCAAGCCCUCAAGCAAUGUCUGACUAUGAUUCUGAUGAAGACGAGGAUGAUGAGGAUGUUCAAAUCGACGACUCCUUGCUGACGAACCCUGCAAUCGAAUAUCUCGAACAGCAGAUUACCAGGAUGCAGAACGAUUUGAUAAAGAUGAAAAAGGAUCUUUACGAUCAAACAAGAAAGGAGGUUAUGAAGAAAAAGAAAUACAGCAAGAAGAGCAAGUCGAAGAAGAAGAGAAGAAGCUCGAAUUUCUCCUCUCACAAUGGAAUUUAUCCUACUAACAUCACAUAUGACAUGAAGAAGGAGAUUUCGGAGGCUUUGAAUGUAGUCACUGAGAGCAGACUGAAGGUUGUUUUGAAUAUCAUAAGAGAGGGAAUGCCUGAUUUGGACCAAGAAGAUGAAAUCGAACUAGAUAUGGACCAAAUGGACUCUGAAACGUUGAUGAAGCUCUAUGACUAUUUGGUCGCAAAGCCAAAGGAGAAGUCGGGCUCCAAAAAUGGGAAGAAGAAGAAGGGCCUCUCGAACUCUGAGAAGAUUGAAAGAAUCAAGAAUCAGCUCGAGCAGUUUGAUCAGGUCACUGCCAAUAAUGAGAGCUCUGAUGACGACGAUGAUGAAUCCGAAAGUUCUGAAGAAGAGUAA